AACUGCGCGGGCGCCCCCGCAGGGCUGGGAAGAGAUCCCAGCAGCGUACCGGUUCCCUCCCUAAACCAGCAGCUGCACAGGGACCCCCCGAGCGGACUCGGAAACCACACAGAGUCCUGCGGGUGGGCCCGCAAAGUCCUAGGAAAACUUUGGAACUCUGGUCGAGAGACCACUUGAGUGUGAUCAGCCCAUCCUGGCUACCUUUCACAGGAAACCUGACCUGACGGACAGAACCGGAAGGAAGCAGGGCCAAUCUUUGUCAACAAUGUUAAUGCAGAAGUCUGGCUGGCCCGGUCAACAGGACAGUUCCAUCUCCGGGGAGUCAGGUCCACCAGUCAACUCAGAUAGUAACUCAGGUCACUGGCUAUCGAAGGACAAUGAGGAUGCCUCUGUUCAGGUUCCUGCAGACCUGAUUUUGAGCCUCCCUCACGUGGACACCAACCAGGCUUCCAGCUGGCCUGGGCUUCAGACCCUGCUGCAGCAGCUCCCUCCACAGGACAGUGAUGAGCGCUACUGCCUGGCCCUGGGGGAGGAAGAACUGGCUGAACUUCGGCUCUUCUGUGCCCAGAGGCAGCAGAAAUCUCUGGGACAGGGGGUGGCCCGCCUGCUACCACCCAAGCUCGAAGGACAAACUUGUGAAAAGCCUGGUGCCCCUGCUUGGCAGUGCAAGGAGCGGUUGAAGCCAGGAGAGUACGGUGUGUUCGCAGCCAGGGCGGGUGAGCGGUGCUGCUGGCAUAGGCCCUGCUUUGCCUGCCAGGCCUGUGGCCAGGCCCUGAUCUAUCUCAUCUACUUCUACCAUGAUGGGCAUCUCUACUGUGGCCGUCAUCAUGCUGAGCUGCUUCGGCCUCGCUGCCCAGCAUGUGACCAGCUGAUCUUCUCCCAGCGCUGCACCGAGGCAGAGGGACGGCGCUGGCACGAGAACCACUUCUGCUGCCAGGACUGCGCAGGGCCCCUGGGUGGGGGACGUUAUGCCCUGCCGGGGGGCAUCCCUUGCUGCCCCAAUUGCUUUGAGAGCCGGUACAGGAAUGCAGGACCUACCUUGGCAGGGGCACUGGAAGGGCGAGCGUCCCUAGGUAAAGGAGGGGAAGGUGUAGAUCUAAAGGGGGCGGGCGGCUUAGGUUGGGCAGAGGAGUGGGGAAUCUCCCGGGCCCGGACUCUCACCCCAGCCCCACGCCUGUCCACCCCUCCCAGCAGCGCCCUGUCCUCCCAUCGCAAUCCCCAGACCCAAGCAUGGGGCCCCGCAGCUCUCACCGCGAGUCCCAGGUCUGAGCGCUCCACGGGCUUCCCGAACCCACCCUGCUCAGCGGUCGGGGCUGCAACGCGGGACUCGCUCCGGGGGGAAGGAGGACCCGAUCUAUCCGAAGGAUGGGACGGCGCCACAUCGGAGGCCGAGGCCGUCUCCCGAGCUGUGCUGUCCGCGGCUGUUGCCAGCUCCAAUCAGGAAACCCCUAGUGGGCCGGCCAAAGGGCGGGACCAAGACUGCCUGGAGACUCUCAGUGAUCCCGACGGGGAAGACCCCUGCCCCACCUGCUCCUCUUCCUCGGAGUCGGAACCCGAAGGCUUUUUCUUCGGCCAGCGCCUUCCGGGUCCCUGGAAGACCCCCGGAAACCUCCAUGCAGAUGACAGCGACACCUCCAGGAGGCAUUGCACCAUUUGUUAGUGGCGCAUUCUGGAGAUGGGGGUUGUGGGUGGGG